AAAAGCUAAAAACCUUACAUACUUCACAAGCAAUCUCUACAUUAUAUGUAUAUAAUAGUACAAUCCUGAUAGAACCCAGGUAAUAGAAGAGGGGACUAGAGGGCUUUUUCCAUGGAGGAGGUGGUGUUGAAAGCUCUUCUAUUUGGAGGCGGAGACGACCGAAUUGCAGCAGCGAGGGAAGUCGCUAAUUUUAGUAGUAAGCAAAGACAGAAGGUGGCUGAAAAGGGAGUUAUUUCGCCAUUGGUUUUGAUGCUUUGUGAAGAAGAUUGUGAAGCCAUUCAAGCUGCACUCUUUGCUCUGCUCAGUCUGGCCUUUGGAAGUGAAAGAAACAAGAUUCGUAUUGGAAAAUCUGGUGCAAUACCAAAGAUUUUAAAGAUUCUUCAAUGCCAAAUCGAGCCAUUGCUUGACCUUGCAGCUGCAGCCCUCUUGAUCCUCUCUUCGUGCACACAAAACAAGUUAGAAAUUGCAGCAUCUGGAGCGAUUCAACUUCUUAUUAAUCUCCUAAACCUGAACCGUGACAAUAUAAGUAUGCAGGCAAAGCUAGAUAUCUUAUCAACUCUUCACAAUCUCUCAACAUGCCCACAAAGUGUUCGACAAAUUGCCCUAUCGGGUUGUGUAGUAUCACUGCUUCAGCUAGUCCAUGGCUUGGAAAAAUCAUCAGAUUUGGUGGAGAAAAUUAUGGGUUUACUUGAAGAGAUCGUUUCUUCAUCAGAAACAGCUCUAAAGGUGGCUGCGGAAAUCGAGGGCGCAAUCUCAGUAUUGGUGGAGGCUAUGGAAGAAGGAUCAGCACAAUGCAAAGAGCAUGCAGUGGGAAUUCUUCUUGUUAUAUGCCAGAACUAUAGAGAUAGAUACAGAGGGAUGAUUUUGAGGGAAGGUGUAAUGCCAGGGCUUCUUCAGUUAAGUGUUGAUGGGACAUGGAGGGGUAAAGAGAAGGCCAAAGAAUUGCUUCUGCUUUUAAGAGAUGACUCAAAUAGUGGAUCAAGAAGUAAACAGUCCAAAAAUGUGCUGUUGGAGAAGGUUAUGAGGAAGAUAGAUAGAGGAGAAAGAGGCGGAACCUCACUCAAGUUGGUUGAGGAGAUGAUUGAAAAACUUAGGACGUGAUUGUUUCUAUUUUGAUAUGGAGGAUAUUGUGAUGUGUUUGAUAUGUUGAACUGGAUACUAUUGAACACUUGUCUUUUGUUUGAUGUGUCCAAUGAACCAUAGCGUGUCCUUGGAGUUAUGCUUGGUAGUGUAUGACCUAGGGUUGGACUUGGAGACCAAUUCUUUGUACAGAACUUGCUAAUGGAUGAGGGACGACUUCUAUUUUUUUAAUGAUUUGAGUACCUAGUGUAUAAAAUGAUUUUACAUGCUAGUGUAUAAAAUGAUUUUACAUGAUGACAUGUAGAUGCCA